GUUUUGAGAACGGAUUUGAAUAAAUCAUGUUCGAACGCACAUCUUAUUUUCAACGCAUUUCUGUAUAAAAAUAUUAAUCGACUCUCUGCUUUGGCAAAAUAAGACUUUAUAAUCGCAUGGGCCAGCACCGAGUUUGCUUGUCAUACGAAUUUUUGUGAAUUACAUAGGUUAAAACCAUAAAACAUUAUCAUUGUAAAUCUAACAACGGGCGUGAAUGAGCCGGAUAAGACAAUCAUAUGCUGAGCGUCAAAGUGUUUUUUAUUGUACGAGUAAUUCAUGAUGCGAUCGGUUUUUCCGGUGCUGUUGAAAAAUGUUUGGACAGUUUGCUACUGCAGCCUGCUCGUGGUACUUAUGUGGCCCAUGAUGUGUACCGGUGAAAGAGCGAGAAAUAAUGAUGAUGAUAUCGGCGGGAAAUGGACGCCUCUGGACUGGACAACCGGAAACAGUUUCGAUGAGUCGCCGGUCCAUCAGACAAACGCCCUGUGGAAAAUUGGCUCGCUUCCUGAAUUAUACACACCACCAGCGGAAGUAGUGCCGGCGUAUUUCCAGGUGGCGCGCCGUUCCCAGAUCAAUCCGCAAUCCAUGCAGGCCUUUGCUCCGCUGAUGCAGCGGGUAAGGAAUGCCAUUGCGAACAAACGCCUGCGGCCGCAUCCGCGCGGUGCACUCCCGUGGAUUUAUAGCGAUAAAGCCUAUUUAGCCGAUUUAUCUUUUAAACCCGACCCGACUGCCACUGCCACAGACCCCGUCGUCAAGGAGCUAGUCACCAAUAAAAGUACCAAAUUGUGCUACAUGAAUCCCGUUUCCUGUUUUGGGAGGUUUGGAAGAAAAGUUACUGGAUAAUAAUGAAAUAUUAAACUGGUGGAAUAGGUUUAUACAUACGGUAUAGUGUAUACCAUGACUUUAUUAUUCUCUAUGACUGAAAGGUGACUGCGCUGAUCAACAAAAAUGCUA